GUCUAAAGGCAAGAUGGCUGCUUAGUUUGUCUGUAGCCUAAACACCUGUUAAAACUUUUGUGAUUUUGGUGGGAAUGUGUCGGUAUUUUAUUCGCGUUCGUCAGACUUUUACCUCUUAUAGUUUGAAGUUAGCUUACAACUGAUACAAAAUGAAAUCGGACGCGGAAGAGUUAAUGCCGAGGCUGCUGCCCGUGGAGUGUGGAGCCAGCACGGAAGACCUGAACCUGAAUGGACCGCCGAGGAACCCCCAGGAAUACCUGCGACAGGUCCAGCUGGAGGCGUCAUUGUGUCCAGAGGUGGUGGUUGCUCAGAUUGACCCAAAGAAACUGAAGAAGAGACAAACAGUUCAAGUAUCGGUUGCAGGCUGUCCUGCUGCCCCACUGGGUUUCUCCCCCAGCCUCAGUUGGCAACAGCAGCAAGUCAGUAAAUUCUCUGAUGUCAGACAGAGCAUCACGAAAAACAGGAAACACUGGAGUAGCCAGACUCUCGAUGACAACGUGCUGUUGCCAAAGCUGGCUGAUGAGGAGGGCUGGAAGAGAUUUUGUUUAGGAGAGAACAUUUAUCGUGGCUCUUCUGCCUGCCACACAGAUGCAGAUCCGGAGCCAGCACUGGAUUAUAGCAAGGUGGGGUUCCCUCCCUUUCAAAGCAUCGUCAGCAGACUAAACCAGUCCACGGUGCUCAUGGUGUUGGAAGUCCUCAUCAGCUGGUUUGAGGAACGAGACUUUGUUCCACAGUUGGGUCGCUGGUUGUAUGCUUUGUUAGCCUGCUUGGAGAAGCCUCUACUCCCAGAAGCCCACUCAUCCAUCAGACAACUGGCCAGGAGAUGUGCUCAGCUCCGCAGCACGCUGGAUAACCAAGAGGAUGAGAAACUGCCUGCCCUCAACCUACUCAUCUGUCUUGUUGCCAGAUACUUUGAGCAGAAUGAUCUCGCCGAUCAGCCGGAGUGAAGAGGAACCUGGACUGUUUUGUGUUGAGUACAACACAUUCAGGAAAAUGUUGUUCUCAGUGCUGCUGGAAUCCGUGGGUCCCCGUGAGGUUGUGAUCUCAUGCCAGCAACAAAACCACAUCCCAAGAGGCUGGAUCAUGAACUCAACAUUUCUGUUAGCAAGGAAAUUCAUUACCUGAACAGGCUUGCGUACAUACAGCAGAAUAGAAGGCUGUGUUUAUUUUAUUGCUUUUAUGGGGGGAGUAGUGGAACUUCAGAAUCUACUGGUGACCCUCCUUAGCCAUUUGUUGUAAGAUUUGUCUAUUAAACUGAUUUUUUGAAAUAA